AUGCGAGUUCACGCAUUCGACAGAAACACUCGUCAUCUUGUUCUUUCUUCUGCAAGGAUGAAAGUGCAGACAGCGACUUUUGUCGCAUCUUCGGUAUCUGCAAUAACCCUAGCAGCAUGUCUCGUUGCAAUGUUCUACAUUUAUUCCGAGGUGGCCAAUUUUUGGGUCGAGCUCGAGGAAGAGAUCAGUAACUUUCAGAUGACGACAGACGAUUUAUGGAAAGAUAUAAUGAGUAUUGGCUUGAGAAGAAGAGUUCGUCGUCAGUACGAUACUUUGACCGAAGCUGUGAAAAAGCCAUCAGACGGGCCGAAAAAGCCAUCUGAUGGGCCGAAAAAGCCGUCAGAUGGGCCGAAAAAGCCGUCGGAAGGGCCGCCCUCUAUCCCACCCACUAAUCCUCCAUCUACACCCCCGGUCUUCUCUCACAAACCUGGAACUAGCGAAAGCCCAGAGUGUACGUGUAACGCUGAAACUAACUGCCCUCCAGGUCCUCCAGGACCUAAAGGUGCUCCUGGCGCACCUGGUCCCGAGGGCUACCCAGGACUUGAUGGAAAGGCAGGCGUUGACGCAGAAGAUCUCGCUCCUCAGAAAGAUACAGCUGGUUGUUUCUACUGCCCCAUGGGCCCAGCCGGACCUCCAGGAGCCCUUGGUCGCCCUGGGCCUAGAGGAUUACCCGGACCAAAAGGACACGAUGGAAGUGCCGGCAGAGAUGGUCUUCCUGGGAAUCCUGGCGAACAAGGACCUCCAGGGCCUGUUGGAAAGAUAGGCGAACCUGGUCCACCGGGAGAGAAAGGGCGCGACGCGGAGCAUCCUGUAGGCCGUCCUGGUCCCAAAGGCCCGCCUGGAGAUGAAGGGCCACCUGGUCCACCAGGUCCUAAUGGUCUCAAUGGUCCACCGGGAGACCCCGGACCGGCAGGACCUCCUGGACCUCAAGGGGAGCCGGGACCACAAGGUCCGGAUGGGGAACCGGGAGAGGAAGGCCCAGAAGGAAAGCCCGGAAAAGAUGCAGAGUACUGUCCAUGCCCCGAUCGUGCAGCAGUAGCAGAGAUACUUAUGGACAAGGGACAUCUCUAG